AUGAUCAUCAACGAUAAAAAGGACCAGGAAACCAAGGUUGACGAUACCACGACUCUGACUCUCACACGCGAGCAUCUUCUCAACUGCCAGUUCUCGGCCUGGUACAAGCUAUAUAAGUCCAUCACACCGAAGACCCGGAUCAUCAAGCCUCUUCCCGAGGAUUUCGUCAAUUAUCUGAGUGAGGACGGUGUUAUUCUUCCUGAUGAAGAAAAAACCAGCUACGGAUCGGAUAGCGGCGUUUUCGAGGAGUAUUCUGACGACGAAGACGAGCUUGAUUCAUACGUUUCCAAGCUGGACGAUUUCCACCCCAAGGUCCAAGCUGUGAUUGAUGAGUUUGGAGCUGUAGCACCCAAGCUCAACUGGUCGAGUCCUCAAGACGCGAUUUGGAUCUCUCCCUCUAACUCGACCAGAUGUGUUACAGUCAACGAUGUGUAUCUGCUUCUCAAGAGCAGUGACUACAUUGCGCACGAUCUGACCAUGCUGGACAAACUUGGAGGCAUUCCUAAGGACUUUUCGUUUGAGCUGGUUCUCAGAAAGUGGAUCAACAUCAACCCUGCAUUGGAAUUCCGGUGCUUCGUCAAGGAUAGAGAACUCAUCGCUGUGACUCAGAGAGACCAAAACUACUACGAGUUCCUGAUCAAGCUCAAGGAGCGGUUUCUGGGCGAAAUCGAGCUCUUUUUCUACGAACACAUCAAGGACACUUUCCCCGACUCUAGCUUUGUAUUUGAUGUCUACAUUCCUGAGCCUUACGACAAGGUGUGGCUGAUGGACUUCAAUGUGUUUUAUCCCACCACAGACUCUCUGAUUGAAUGGUCGACAUUGGUCAAUCUGGAUGCCACUUCUCCUUCUUUCGAUCUCGAUCUGCUUUUGAUUGAUAAGGAACUUCGUAACGCUUCUUUUGCUUGUCAGCGGCAUUCGCAGAACAAGGUGCCGAUGGACAUUGUCAACGCCAGCAUGGACACCGAGGCCAUGGUUGAAAUGCUGCGAAGUCAGCAGCGGGAGAUGGAUCGGUUGGAUGGUGACCAAGGCGGGGAGGCCAGUGCUACCGGUGACACAACUGGGGAUAGUGUUGCUAACGAGACAACCGCGGCAAACACUACGUCUCAAGACAGCUAA